GCAGCUAACAUUACAUGACACCCUUUCUUUUCCAUUUGGAUUUCCUUUCUCUUCCUCCCUCCCCACUUUCUGAAAAUAAUUUCCACGAGAGUCACCUCUUUCCAUCUCCGCUACGCUCCCAAUGAAGAAACAACGAACCCCUCAACUUCUGCUAUGCCUAUUCACUGCAAUUCUUGCUAUCCCACUCAAUUCCGCCCUCGAUUUUCUCUUCAAUGGCUUCGGCCCCUCUGAUGUAUCACUCUACGGCAACGCCACAAUCGAAUCCCGCAUUCUUACACUAACUAAUGACACGACUUUCUCCAUCGGACGUGCCCUUUAUCCUUCCAAGAUCCCCACGAAGCAGCCCAAUUCAUCACUCGUUCUUCCGUUUUCAACUUCUUUCAUUUUUGCCAUGGCGCCUUACGAGGGCAGGCUCCCUGGACACGGCAUCGUUUUCUUGUUUGUGCCGCAUGACGGAAUCCAAGGUGCCAGCUCAGCUCAACACUUGGGCCUGUUCAACUUCACAAAUAACGGGAAUCCUAAUAACCAUGUAUUCGGUGUUGAGUUUGAUGUUUUCAAGAACGAAGAGUUUCAGGAUAUUAAUGCUAAUCAUGUCGGUGUUGAUGUGAACUCACUCAAUUCCGUAAGCGCUUAUGAAGCGGGCUAUUGGCCUGAUAGUCACCGGAGGAAAGAGGACGGCAGCCCUGAUGAGAACUCCUUCAAGAAAUUGACUCUUAAUAAUGGGAAGAAUUUCCAAGUAUGGAUUGAUUAUGCCGACGAUAUUGUUAAUGUCACUAUGGCGCCUGUGGGGAUAAAAAGGCCUAAUCAACCGUUGUUGAGCGUUUCUGUUAAUCUUUCACAAGUUCUUGAGGAUGAAAUGUACGUGGGAUUCACUGCAGCCACUGGAGCUUUGAUUGAAAGUCACAAGAUUUUAGCUUGGAGCUUUAGCAAUACAAAUGUUUCGCUUAGCGAGAUGUUGAUCACAAGGGGUUUGCCUUCGUUCGAGCUCCCCGGGACUCCAAUUCAUAGAACCGAAGGUUUUAUUGCGGGCUUGACACUGGGUGUUUUGGUUUUAGUCGGUACCGGUUCUUUUGUUGCUUUCUUGUUGAUCAGAAGGAAUAGGAGAAUUAGAAAGGACAGGGAGAAAAUGGAAGAUUGGGAAUUUGAGUAUUGGCCUCAUAGAAUCACUUAUCAAGAAAUUGAAUCAGCAACUAAGAACUUUUCAGAAGAAAAUGUAAUUGGUAUUGGUGGAAACGGGGAAGUCUACAAAGGGUCAUUUCCUGGAGGAUCAGAGGUCGCAGUGAAGCGCAUUUCUCAUGCGAACAGUGAAGGGAUAAGAGCAUUCUUGGCUGAAAUAUCAAGCUUGGGAAGAUUAAAGCACCGGAAUUUGGUGGGAUUGAGAGGUUGGUGCAAAAAAGAGAAGGGCAGCCUAAUUUUGGUAUAUGACUACAUGGAAAACGGAAGUCUUGACCAGAGGGUGUUUGAAUGUGAUGAGAGCAAGAUGCUGAGUUGUGAAGACAGAAUCAGAAUUUUAAAGCAAGUAGCUUCCGGAAUCCUGUAUUUGCAUUAUGGAUGGGAGCGCAAGGUGCUACACAGAGACAUUAAGGCCAGCAACGUGCUGCUCGAUAAAGAAAUGAAUGCAAGGCUAGGUGAUUUCGGGUUAGCCAAGAUGCAUGACCAUGAUAAGGUGGCUGGGACUACACGCGUGGUGGGAACGGUCGGGUACUUAGCGCCGGAGAUUGUGAAGAGCGGGAAGGCAUCAACGCAAACCGACGUGUUUGGCUAUGGGGUCUUGGUUUUGGAGGUCAUGUGUGGUAGAAGACCGAUAGAAGAAGGCAAGCCACCAUUGGUAGAGUGGGUAUGGGAGCUCUUGAGAAGAGGUGAAUUGCUUAAUGUGGUUGACACACGAUUAAGAGAUAGAGGAGUUGAUACAGAGGAAGUGGAGAGAGUGCUUCAUUUAGGCCUGUUAUGUGCGCAUCCGGACCCCAACGCCAGGCCGACAAUGAGACAAGUAGUGAAAUUGUUUGAAGGGAAUACUGAGGUUGAUGAGUUGGAAGGGGAGGAUAUGGACAUGUAUCUCCUAGAAAGGAUGAAAACAGACGAAAUAUGGUCUAUAUAUCCUCAGAGCUUUAGCAGUGGUUCUAGUUCACAUCCAACGUUUGAAGAGAUUAGACGGGGAUUGUCCACUUCAAUGUCACUCUCUUGGUCCAAUACCAAUAUUGUAGAGGGGCCUGAAUUGCGUGGGAGUGGAAAUGGACGUGCUGAUGUUCAUAUGCAGAUCUCAUAGAGUAUUGAAUCACGAAUCUUUUGGUUGUCGGAAAAUUUCUUUUAUCUAUGAUACCUUCAUUCUUGUAAACUGUACUUGAUCUCUGUAAAAAGGUGGUGCUCUCUAUAUAUUCUGGAUGUUGGCUUUA